AUGGGCCUGACGGACCUCGAAACCAUACCUGAAACGGGAGCAGUGUUUACAAUAGGACGUAGCAGGUUUGCAGACAAUGUUGCGUCGCACUUCUUCAUACGCAGAGACCCUGUGGUCUCCAUUAAGUGUGGUGACGAGCAUUCCGCAGUAAUUUGUCAAAGUGGCAGGCUCUUCGUCUUCGGAAGCAAUGAUUGGGGUCAACUUGGUCUGGGUCAUAAGAAUCACAUUAGCAAGCCAUCUUGUGUGAAAGCUUUGAAGCCGGAAAAGGUCACACACGUCGCAUGUGGACGAGCACACACGCUAAUUUGCACAGCAGCCCAGAAGAUUUUUGCCUGCGGCAGCGACCAGGAAGGACAGUUGGGUAGAGGAACUUCCGCUCUUGGCGAUUGCGCGUAUACUCCUGUGUUGGUGUACGAUUCGGGACUAGCUGGAUCAAAGGUCGUGCAGAUUUCCGCGGGUUCGCAUCAUUCGCUCGCACUCACCAGCGAUGGCGGCGUUUUCGCCUGGGGUAGCAACCUCGAGGGCCAACUGGGACUUCCGGAUGUGUCUGGCUUGGUGAACAAACCGACCAAAGUGCAUAUUCCUGAACCUGUGAAACACGUCAGUGCUGGAUAUUUUCACUCUACAUUUUUAACAGAAAGCGGUCUGGUUUAUGUCUGUGGCGAGUCGGAAAGCGGAAAAUUGGGAAUCGAUGUAAGCUUUUCUACACAGGUUGCACCUAAGCAGAUGCAAUUACCCAGUCCUGCGAUACACGUAGCGUGUGGUGGUCAUCAUACCGUCAUUUUAGCUGAAAAUGGAAAUUUAUACUGCACCGGAAGUAAUUCGAGCGGUCAGCUCGGCCUAGGGACAAACUUCAUGGAACUUCAGACACCAAAACUGCUUCCACGUGGCGCGUUACGAAAUGAAAAUAUCACUGGAAUCUCUUGCGGAGAAAGUCACACCGCCGUUGUUACUGAUUGUGGAAAUCUUUAUACGUGCGGUGACGGAAGACACGGAAAAUUAGGCUUGGAAGAAAAUGAGAACAAUGUUCACGAACUAACCUUCGUCUCAAGAUAUAAGGAACUGUUCGUUUCGCAUGUUGCGUGUGGUGGCUGUCAUACUAUCUUGGUUGGCCAGAGGCGUGACACGAACAACCGUAUGCAAAUGGACAAUUCGCAAAUGGAACAUGUUCAGAAAAGAAAUUCGUUACCGCCAUUAAAACUUCCUGUAAAUAGACUGCAAAACGAGACUCGCGAUGAGCACGUUAAUGAAAUAAAUAAAGACAGAUCGAUUUCCGGGAAAGAGGGUAUGGACUCCAUAACGAAUAUACAGGAGACGAUGGAAACGUCACCGGAAAAAAUCGAAGAAAAUAUAAUGAAUAACGAAAACAUUGCCAUAAAUAGUAUCACAAACUCCGUGAAUAAGAUGCGCAAAUCGGGUAGCCUUGAAAAGAGUCCCGAAGACUCUACGAGCGAUCCUCCAGUAGAGAAGUCAAUGAAUGGCACAGCAACCGAAGAGAAGACUAAGAUGGCGCAGGAAGAAGUGCCAGCACACGUGGAAGAAUCUCACGAAUCAACGACGCAAAACGAAAACGAAGUAUCACCGAGAAAAGAUGAUAAAGAAAGCUCAGAAAUGAAGAUGAACGAUGAAAAUGAUGCUCAAACGGAAAAGACGUCUGAGCAAAGUAACGAAGAGAACAAUAACGAAAUGGCGAUUGAAGUUAUGGAAAUAAAUAUAGAGAAUGAAGAGAUUAAUAAGGAAAACAAUGAAAUGGAAAACAAAGACGCAACUGAUAAUAUGGAAACGAACAGCGAGGAUGUGAAACCAGAUUCAACGGAAAACAAAAUGGAGUCUAACGAUGGCGAUGUCUCUAAAGAAAACGCGAGUCCAGAGAAACAAAUGUCUCCUACGGAUACUACACCACCUCCAAAACCACCGAGACUGAAACCUGGAAGCGGAAAUUCCACCACAGAGAGAUCAUCUUUGAUGGAAGAAGGAAAAGAAGAGAAUAAAGUAAAAAACGAAGGAAAAAUUGAAGACCCUUGCGACAAGAAAGCAGAAACCGAAGAAAAUGAGUCAGGGAAGAAAGAGGAGUCAGGAUCGGUGAAAUCUUCGUCGAAAAGCAGAAGUUCCAAAUCGAUAAGGUCGAAGGUGGAUGCAGAGGACAUGAUAGAAGUCGACGAACAGAAUGACAAGGACAAGAACAUCCAGGAAGAGGAAAUGGAUAAUGAUAAUGCGCAGGAUGAUGCUGAUGUCGUGCAGUCCCCACCACCAAGAACUGGUAAAAUGUCGAAGAUAUUUAAAUCUAAAAAGUCACUAGCAAUGGAGAAUGGUACUAAGGCAACUGGUACUGCGAAUCAAAAGUCCAAGUCGAAAACGUGUGCUCUCCUGUGAUCAAGAUGUCUCCAAAGAUGUAUCAUAUUUUAUUACAUUUUUUACAAUACGUGCAUUACAAAUUGGGACCAAGACACGUGAUACCAAAAAGUGAUUUAAUUUGUAAUCCAAAGCAAGGUUUUGUUCCAUUAUUCGCAAAAAUACGCCCGUGUGUAUAUCCAAGUACCAUUACUUUAUUAAUCGUUUCUUCUACUUUUUACUAAGCAGUUCCAUUUAACGAAAAUCACGAUACGAAGAGCGAAGUAUUUAUGCGUAUAAAAUU